UCAGACCCACGGCUGCGCUCCCUCCUUCCCUCCCUCCCACUCACCAAGUUUCCGUCUCUGUCUCGUUCAUUCCGGUUCCAGGGACCAACACCGUGUGCCAUGACAGAAAAAGGCUCUGUGAAUAUUAUCGGCAAUGCCUUUUAACAAGCAUUAAUGGCAGUAGGAAACACGUGGUGCUGACCGGAGUUGUGAUGGUCAGGCUGUUGCGCUAGUCUAGGGCGGAGAAGGCGUCAUGAAUGGCAGGGCUUUCUCUCCUCAGUGAAGUGAUUUGUUAAAUGUUCAUUCCUCUACCUUUCACGAACAUGCUUUAUUUUCAGCUGGUGAUCAUGGCGGGGACAGUCAUGCUAGCAUACUACUUCGAGUACACGGACACGUUCAACGUGCACGUCCAAGGGUUCUUCUGCUAUGACAAUGCCUACGUGAAGCCGUACCUCGGACCGGAGGAGUCCAGCGCGAUCCCACCGACUUUACUGUAUGCGCUCGUGGCAGGGGUCCCUACAGUUGUGAUGAUGAUCUCAGAGGCUGUCCUGUUUUUGAUACAGUACUCCUCUAAAGAGCUGGACGGUCAGGAGAAGACCAUCCAGACCGGAGACUGCUGCUAUCUCAACCCACUGGUGCAAAGGACCUUUCGCUUUCUGGGCGUCUACACGUUCGGCCUGUUCACCGUGGACAUCUUUGUGAACGCCGGACAGCUGGUGACGGGGAAUCUGGCCCCACACUUCCUGACGGUGUGUAAGCCCAACUACACAGCCCUGGGCUGCCAGCACGCCCUGAUCUACAUCAGUCAACAGGAGGCCUGCACGGGGAACCAGGAGGAUGUCCUGCGCGCACGCAAAACCUUCCCCUCCAAAGAGGCAGCGCUCAGUGUCUACGCAGCCUUCUAUCUUGCGAGUUACAUCACAUGUACAGUGGAAGUCAAAGGAACGCGGCUAGCCAAGCCUGUGCUGUCCCUGGGUCUGAUGUAUCUGGCUUUCCUCACGGGACUCAACAGAGUGGCUGAGUACCGGAACCACUGGUCUGACGUCAUCGCUGGAUUCAUCAUAGGAGUGGCCAUCGCCACUUUCCUGGUGGUGUGUGUGGUGCAUAACUUCAAAGGCAAGCUGUUGCUGAGUGGUGAAGACCCCCCACAGGAGAACAUGUCUAGAGUGGAGAGCCCACUGGAGAAGUACAUCACUUUGCAGAAUCACAUCGCCUUCGCUGAGGUCACAUGACGCUGAAUCGGCUGUUUGGCAAACCCAUUGGACAUCCACGCACUUCACCGUCCAAUCAAAAAUCGAAUAGCUCUUCACCGUCCAAUCCCCCCCCCCCCAAAAAAAAUGGAAUAGUCAAGUUACAACGCUAACUCAUUAUGCAUGGCUACUGUAUGAGGUCUGUUAGUGUUGUUGUCUGUUAAGUCCCUGUAUCAUGGCCUAUACAGCAGUCAGGGAAAACUCCUCAAAAGCAUGAUGGGAAAGGCCUUACUGGGUUUCUCCAUUUAUUUAAUCUAUUUUGGGACUAAAUCCCCCAAUGAAGAAAAUCAACUGGAAUCAACUUGAAUUGAACUGGACUCUUCUUUACACGACAUGACCUGCUGUGACCCAGAUGCCUCUAUCUACUGAAGCAGAGAGGUGAUUCAUCCAUUUUCCCACAAUGUUGGUCAAAUGGGUUCUUAUUCAUCACUUCUAAAUAAUAAUUUUGUGUCUUUUCCAUCAGUAGAGAAGAACAGAGCAAAUUAUCGAUGUCUCUGUUAUGUUUCCCCUUGAAAACGAUAUUUUUUGUAAUGCUCACUAAUGCACUUAACUGUCACAAAGAGGACAUAGCGACACACACCAGCACUUUAAAAUCAAACCCGAGUCAAAAACCGCAGGCAAGAUGGCCGCCCAUACUGCUGCUGCUUGAAAAAUAUAUAAAAUAUAAAAUAUGUCAAUUCAGGAUUAGUCAAAUCUGCUAAUGUGUGCGUUGCAAGACUUAACUGUUUAGUGUUAUUAUAUUCAAAUUAUGAAAAAAAAUAUAGCUGUAUAUAGUGUAUACAUACUUCAAUUUCCUUUUGCCAAAUAUUGCUGUCUAUUUUCUUAUGGUUGUGUACUGUAUGUACUGUGUGUAUUGUGUGUACUGUGUGUGUUUGUUCACAAAAAUUACUGUCCACGUGUUGUUUAUUUUAUCAAUUGACUAUUAGUACUUGAUUGUUUUGCUAUCAUGAGAUAGCUAUACCAUGUUAAACAUCUAGGCAACACAUGGCUAUGUUCUAUCAUGAGAUAGCUAUACCAUGAUACACUCUACAGGAUCGGUGUCCCCCCCGCGGACGGUUGAGCUUACGUGCUAAUGUGAUUAGCAUGACAUUGUAAGUAAAAACAACAUUUCCCAGGACAUAGACAUAUCUGACAUGGGCAGAAAGCUUAAACUGCACUGUCCAAUUUACAGUAGCUAUUACAGUGAAAUAAUACCAUGCUGUUGUUUGAGGAGAGUUGUACAGUUAUGUAUCAAUAAACAUGUAUCAAUAAACCAAUUAGGCACAUUUGGGCAGACUUGAUACAAUAUUUUGAACAGAAAUGCAAUGGUUCAUUAGAUCAGUGUAAAACUGUGCGCAUACACUGCUGCCAUCUAGUGGCCAAAAUCUAAAUUGCGCCUGGACUGGAAUAAUCAUUGCAGCCUUUUUUGGGGCUUUUCAAAGAUGAUGAAAAAAACAUGAUCUUUAAUCAGAUCGAAUGUGUUCUAUUCUCCUACAUUAAUUUCACAUUUCCACAAAACUUCAAAGUGUUUCCUUUCAAAUGGUAUCAAUAAUAUGCAUAUCCUUGCUUCAGGUCCUGAGCUACAGGCAGUUAGAUUU